AUGAUGAUUUCGGGCCCAAAACAACCAGGAAAUGACAUAAAUGUUUAUCUAAGUCCACUGAUUAAUGAUUUAAGAGUGUUGUGGGAGGAAGGGGUGGAUGUUUUUGAUGCACAUUCUAGUGAGCAGUUCAAUAUGCGUGCCAUGUUGUUUUGCACCAUCAACGAUUUUCCAGCAUAUGGAAAUUUGUCUUGGUAUAAAGUUAAAGGGCAUAAAGCGUGUCCUAUAUGUGAAAAAGACACAUGUUACCAUCAGCUUGAAAAAGGAAACAAGACUGUUUAUCUUGGGCAUCAAAAAUUUCUAAAUCGUUAUCAUCCAUAUCGUAGAUUGCGGAAAGCUUUCAAUGGGGAACAAGAGCAUGGUGUUGCUCCAAAGCCCUUAACUGGAGAGGAAGUUUAUCAACGACAACAAGGCAUUAAUGUUGUCUUUGGAAAGUACCAGAAGCGAUCUAUUAUGAAAAAUAUAUGGAAAAAGUGUCCGGUUUUCUUCGAUCUUCCAUAUUGGUCUAGUCAUGAGGUAAGACAUUGUGUUGAUGUGAUGCAUGUGGAGAAAAAUGUAUGUGAUAGUGUAAUCGGAACAUGUAUACGAGAAGAGUUAACUCCACAAUAUAUAGGUAACAAGACGUAUUUGCCCCCUGCCUUCUACAUUUUGUCUAAAAAAGAGAAAACAAGUUUUUGUGAGUGUUUAGAAAGUAUCAAAGUGCCGCAUGGUUACUCAUCAAAUGUCAAGAGGCUUCUAUCGGUUAAAGAUCUCAAAUUAGUUGGCUUAAAAUCUCAUGACUGUCAUGUCUUAAUACAACAACUACUACCAGUGGUUAUUCGUGGGAUAUUGCCUAACAAUGUUAGGAAGACUAUAACUAGGUUGUGCUUAUUUUUCAAUUCAAUUUGUUGCAAAGCCAUUGAUCCAAUAAAGUUAGAUGAUUUGGAAAAUGAGGCUGCAGUUAUCUUGUGCCAAUUAGAGAUGUAUUUCCCUCCUUCUUUUUUUGACAUUAUAGUUCACUUGAUUGCUCAUCUAGUAAGGGAGAUUAGAUUAUGUGGUCCAUUUUUUUUACAGUGGAUGUAUCCAAUAAAGCGAUACAUGAAGAUCCUAAAAGGGUAUACCAAAAACCCAAACCGCCCGGAAGCAUCGAUUAUUGAGAGGUACAUUGCAGAAGAAGCAAUUGAGUUUUGUUCUAACUAUAUGUCAGAAAUGGAUGUUGUAGGGAUUCCCAAGUCUCGUCAUAAUGGAAGAUGUGAGGGUGUGGGUACACAAGGUUUAAAGGUCAAGAGCUUAAGUAUUGAUGUGGUUGUUCAAGCGCAUUUGUAUAUAUUGAAUAACAUGGAUGAAGUUCAACCUUACUUAUCUGCUCACAAAAGCAUCAUAAAGAAAAAGUACCCCUAG